CUUCCUCGUGCAAGCAGCCCGGCCAAGUUGCAGAGUGCCGCUCAGCCUCGACCGCGCGGCUGCCGCUUGACGCCGGGGGUCCCUGCAGAGGAGCGCCCGCCCGCCCGCCAGCCUCCAUGUGCGUGUCCGCUGCGUGCUGAGAUCGCGCCUGUCCCCCCUCCCUCACCCCCUUUCCCCCCUCCAUCAAAACGAAGCACGGAACUGACCAUGUCCAAUCCUAACCACGACCCCUUUUACUCGUCCCCCUUCGGACCCUUCUACCGGAGACACUCGCCCUACGUGGUGCAGCCCGAGUACCGGAUCUAUGAGAUGAACAAGCGGCUCCAGACGCGCACCGAGGAAAGCGACAGUUUGUGGUGGGACGCCUUUGCAACAGAGUUCUUCGAAGAGGACGCCAUGCUCACGCUGUCCUUCUGCCUAGAAGAUGGACCAAAGAGAUACACGAUUGGCCGGACGCUGAUCCCCCGCUACUUCAGCACGGUGUUCGAGGGUGGCGUGAGCGAGCUGCACUACAUUCUUAAACACUCCAAGGAGUCCUUCCACAACUCGUGCAUCACGUUGGACUGUGACCAGUGCACCAUGGUCACCCAACAUGGCAAGCCCAUGUUCACCAAGGUUUGCACGGAAGGUCGUCUGAUCGUAGAGUUCGCCUUUGACGACUUGAUGAGGAUCAAGACGUGGCACUUUACCAUUCGGCAGUACCGAGAGCUCAUCCCUCGUAGCAUACUGGCCAUGCAUGCACAAGACCCUCAGGUGCUGGAGCAACUGUCUAAAAACAUCACGCGUAUGGGUUUGACCAACUUCACCCUCAACUACCUCAGGUUGUGUGUCAUCCUGGAGCCCAUGCAGGAGCUCAUGUCCCGACACAAGACGUACAACCUCAGCCCACGCGACUGUCUCAAGACAUGCCUGUUCCAAAAGUGGCAGAGAAUGGUGGCGCCACCAGCUGGACACCCACAGAACUUCAAAACGGAAAUAUUCCCCACCAAUCACAAAAAAGGUCGCGCCAAAGCUGAGCCCGCCCGACAGACCACUACCAAGCGGCGGAAACGGAAGAACUCAGCCAGCAGCGCCAGUAGCAGCGUGGGCGCCGCCACAGGCAAGAAGCGCAGCCCGGCUACCAACUUCAGCCUCUCCAGUCAGGUACCUGACGUGAUGGUGGUGGGCGAGCCCACGCUGAUGGGCGGCGAGUUCGGCGACGAGGACGAGCGCCUGAUAACGCGUCUGGAGAACACGCAGUACGACGCCACCAACGGCCUGGACGACGACGACGACUUCACCGGCUCGCCGGCACUGACCAACAACGGGCCAUGGAGCGGCAAAGCGUCCAAUGGCGGCCCCGACGGCAAAGCGGAGAAUGCAGCGCCGCAGGCCUCGCAGUAGAAGUGACACAUGCAGAACAUUGACAGCAGCAAUAGCCACCCUGCCAGGACAUUUUAAAAAAUGUAUGUAAAUGUAAAAAAAUAGCAAGGUGUGGACUUGGAAAAGCGUUUGGUGGACUAUCUCCGCUGUGAUUGGUGGACUAGCGUCACAUGAUAUCACAAAGUGGAACUGGAAGAAAGUUUUGUUGUUUUUAAAAGCACCAGCUGACAUUGUUUGAAGCCACUGCAGUCACUCUUGCUUUUUUUCUGUUUCAAAUUAGCAGGAAAGAACAGUCCCUUUGUUUAGGCAGCAGAGCACGUAAUACAUCCGCCUUGCAUUUUUGAGGCUUGGAUUCAAAUCUUGCCAUCUCAAAAACAUGCAUGUUAGGUUGAUUGAACACUCUAAAUUGAGCAUAGGAGUGAAUGAUUGUCUAUAUGUGUCCUGUAAUUGGACAGAAACCAGUCCAGGGUGUACCCCACCUUUCGCCCAAAGUCAGCUGGGGUAGCCCCGCCCCCAUACACACAAUGGUUGCCGCCAUUUCCAUGCAAAGCAGUUGGAUUGGGUCUCCCACUCUGUGGAUUUGUCUUUAAAAAAUGGGCUUUUCUCCCUUUAAUACUUCCAAACUGCAUGAUUUUAUAGGGUUUAUUUGAUUUGAUUAUUUUUGUUAAUUUCAUAUACGUGCUUUAUAUUAAAAAAAAAAAAUGCAACAAUCUUAUUGUCCUCUAUCAGUUUGGCAAGGUUUGUAAGUGUAAAUAGAAGUCUAUUUUGAAAGCAGUUGGGAAACAGCAGCUGUUUUGUUUUCUAUGGAAAGUUCCAAACUAUUCCAGGAUGGGUCGAAAUGCCCCCAAUCCUACCCUCCGCCAACCUGUUUUAGCUAGUGCACAACCAAAGCAAAAAUACAAGACGGCCGCAGGUGCAUAUCAAAGCAAAGGCAUGCUGCAGAAAUGCCACGCUGUCCCUUUCAUUGUGUUCACAAGACUUCUUCAAUUUGGUCUCGGUGCGAUUUACUCUACCUGCAAAAAUUAGGACUCUUCUCUAUUCUGUAGAAGCGGAAGAAUGACAUAAUGAAAUGGCAAGUUUACAUUAUUGCAGGUAAAAUCGGGUCCAUAACAGCAUGUUAAGAAAUCCACUACACACAUGAACAUGUGCCAUCAUUGCCGGGUUAUGUGUAAAAGGGAAAGGCAGCUCUGUUACGACAUCUCUGUGGUCCAGGAGCGGAAGCUCGUGGCAAUAUCCCACCUUUGCGUGGUUCUUCUACACACCAAAAGCGGAUAAUUGUCAGUUUAUCUGUUGUAGCUCUGAUGUUGAAAUAUUGCAGUAUCUUUGUGUUGAAACGGGCUACAUCUUUGCUAACUUUGUGAACCAGUAGCCCACUUGUAGACUGAAUAGAAAAAACUGGCUUUUUUUUCUCCCCAACAUCAAAUGAGGGUAGAAACCCGACAGAUCGCAGGAUAGCGCAGACAACCGCAGCAAUAAUAUCUCGCUGCUAAGGCUCCAAUUUGGCCAUUUUGCAGGCGCUCCAUAUGAAAGGAGGCUUCUCGGUUGAACUUUUCUCAAGAAGACAAAAGGUGCAUGUCUUCACAUGACUGCUUAUUUACUUGUGCAUUUUCUUUUUUGUGAGGAAGCGAAACAUACAUUUCUGAAUAUGUUUGAGGCUAGUAUUAUUAGACACCGUUUGUACAUUAUAUAGCAGAGGUGUUCUGUGUCAUAUCUGAUGUCUGGUAUGUAUGCUUUACCAUUAACUUGUGCCAAUAAAACCGUGCUUACAAAUAA